AGGUUUUAAAAUCCACACGUGGUCUCCGUCUUGGGCUUGUUUAGCAACGCGGUUCGGAGAACCAGAAACUUCUUACUAACCCAUGCCAGCGUAUCGCUGCAGGGGUGGACGGGAUCGGACAGAGAUUCUGGAUAAAUCAGCGAAGAAGAAAGAAGACUAAUAAUAAAAAAAGAUGCCAUCUCAUCCCUUCAACCAGUGUUCCGACUUAGAAGAGAUGAUGUGCAAGCAUUUACUGAGUCUUGACAUCAGAGAGCAGAACAGAGCGGCUUCAUCUCUCGGCCUGGCCAUGAGGAGCCCAGGUUUUGUGGGCGAGCCGUGCAGAAGCGCCUCGUUCUCUCUGUCCUGCCUUCCAGCCGAUUCUCCCGACGGGCUGUUUCUGACCUCCAGCCAGUGGGGCCUGCAGUCGGAGAGCCUCCUACCCCCCCAGCUCGGUAAUUCCCCUCAGUGGGGGAAGACGUGCUUUCUGUCCCAGCGCUCUGUCAGCAUGGUGGAGACGAGCAGCGCGCCAGGAGCAAGUCUAGGCUGGUCCGGGACUGAAAAGACUUCCCUAAGUGAGCUGGGCCCCUYGGUUUUCAACACCUCCUCUUCCUCCUCGUCGGUUUCCAGCUCCUCUUCCUCGUCACGCUACAAAACCGAACUGUGUCGGUCUUACACCGAGAACGGCCUGUGCAAGUACGGCGGCAAGUGCCAGUUCGCCCACGGGCCCGAGGAGCUGCGUGACCUGAACCGACACCCCAAGUAUAAAACGGAGCCGUGUCGUACGUUCCAUACCAUCGGCUUCUGCCCGUAUGGGAUCCGCUGUCACUUUAUCCACAACAACGAGGAAGAAAAGAAGCACUCCUUCGCUCGCUCCGCCUCCUCCUCCUCCUCCUCGUUUUCCUCUUCCUUCAACAUUCCUCGGCAGCUGCCAGCCUCUACCCGCCCUCAUAGACCCCCCCUGGUCAGACAGAGUUUCAGUUUUGCCGGGUUCCCCUCUGUCCCUCAGCACCCGCUCAAGGCUGUGCCAGCUGGUCAAGCUCCUCCCUCCUCCUUCGGACGUGGCCCGCCGGAUUCUCCGUCGUCCUGCGCCGACAUCACCGACUUCCUCUCCUUCUUGGAGGUGGAUUCUGCCUUCGAGGCCUCCCCCGCCCAACACUGCCAGCCCCCCGCGAGCCAGGUCGCUCAGGCCGAUCCGCAGUCUCCAUUCCUGCCUUCUCCAGACUCCGGAUACUCCCCCUGCGGGCUGUCCCCCACCGACUCGCCUCCCCUGCGACAGAGUCCCAACACGGCCGAGGUCCUCUCGGAGCCACUGGGUACCCGCUCGCUGUCCUACACCUCUCUGUCAGACCAGGAUCAGGACCAGGACGGAGGCAGCUCUGUCAGCUCACUCAGCGGCUCCGAGUCUUGCGGGGCUAACAGCGAAGCCAGCGCCAAACGUCUGGCAGUGUUCAGCCAGCUAUCCGUUCCCGAAGACGGUGCCAGCUGCUCUCUUUAAGCUGCUUUUAAACAAUUUCACAUGUUUCCAUACAGCUAAGCUCGACUAAAUGCAGUGCUUACACACCAAACACACACAUCCCACCCAGCCCGACUGACCCAAAAGACAUUUUUUGCACCCGUGUGGCAUUCAAAAGCGAACUUCCCGACAGACUCCAAAACACUUAAGAGAUUCCCCCCCUUCAUUCGAUUGUCGUGGUGAAAUUUUAGAUUCCACACGCCGCAGUGGUGCUAAAGCUAGAGGACAUAUCAAGGUAUGUUUUACACUGACAAAAUAAAAGCAUUUUAUUCCUUUUCAAUCUUCUGAUGCGACUAAAAUAAGCAAAAAAAAAUUGUAAAUCACAGCACGACUGGUUGUUGAACGCAACCACGCCGUAGGUUUGUCUUAGGAAUAGUUUAACGUUUGUGAUGAAGCCAAAGAGGACUUUUUUGUAGCUCAAACUUCUCGAUUAUGGUGGAAUGAUCACAACACACAGUGGCCUUAUGUGUUCAGGAGUUCCCCCAUUAUGUGUAUCCAGUAUUGUUAAUAAGCUUGUGAAAGUUUUUUUUUUCUUUCCAUCAUCAUCGUGCAGUCUGAGGUUGUGUUUUGAUCACUGGCCUUAAAGCUGAAUGUUUUUUUUUUCUUUUCUAAGUAUUGUGCCUGUACCGUUAUUAUUUUUACCAGAUCCUGUUACAUUGUUGAACUACGAUUCUGACACGUUUGAAGAGAUGUGAAAAGGGGUGAGAGUCUUUGUUUUGUUGGUGUGGUUUUUUUUUUUUUUCCUCUUGGUGGUGGUGUUUUUAGAAUACUAUUGAGUCCGCGUGCGUCAUCGACGAGCUGUACAGGUAAUGUUACAAAUUUAAAUAUUUAAAACACUUUAAAGUUAAAAAAGCGAUACAGACGGUGAGCUGUGAGAGUCCUAAAUAAGCUCAAAAGAUUAAACGAGUUUGAGUCCAAGUUUAAAAGUGCCUCCCAUCUUUAACAGUUUUCUUUUUUGGUUAUUUUAAUAUAAAUGUUUCUUUCCUCCAUCAUCCACAAAUGCAUUAUUACAUCAUCGUUACGUGUUUCGGUUGUGAUUCUCACCCCCUUCGCAUCUCUCUGUCAUUCAGUAUUAUUCCUCGCUGUUAACGGCUUCGAAUUGUUCCAACUGCGUUUCAUCCUGAAAACAUCCACUCAGGCCAUGAUGCCGUCUCUGUUGCCUUAUGGAAAAACUAGAUCCAGCAUACUGUAGAGUUAGACUAUGUGUGCUUUAGUGUUUUAGGAAUGUUUUUUUGGCUGUUUAUUUUUUUGUGUGUGUGUGUUUACGGUGUAGUUUCUUAGGAGCGGAUGUCAAGAUGUUCCUGAUCUAUUUAAAUCAGCCUUUUCAUCGACACGUUUGAGGCCUGUUUAGUGAUAAAGGUGAUAAUCUUUAGUAAAUUAAUUUCUUUAAUUUAUUUUAACGUAUUUAUAGAGGACUUCUCAGUUAAUGCUUGUAUCGAGUUUAAUAUAUUUGGGUUUCUUUCGCUUUUUUGUACUUGAAAUAAAGUUUUCAUUUUUUUAA